AUGUCUUUCAAGCUAAUCGCCUCGUAUGUCGCCGACUGGGUUAUACUGAUCGCGUUCGGUCUCGCGGGGUACGCCAUCAACAACAUUACUCCAAACAAGCACGCCUUUAGCCUCGAAGAUCGCAACAUCAGCUUUCCACUACACGACGAUACCGUGUCCAUUGCCGUGUGUGGUAUCGUCAGUAUUGUCGCGCCAGCCGCCAUCAUCCUCGUCGUAACAUUUCUCGUCGUUCCCGGCCCGACGGCGCACAAGGGAAUAUCGCAGGGCUUGAUCUGGAAAAGAAGACUUUGGGAGUUGCACGCGAGCUUGCUCGGGCUGGCUGCAUCCUUUAUAACUACAUGGUUCAUUAUCAAUGGCAUGAAAAACCUACUUGGCAAACCGCGACCCAACUUGUUGGCCCGCUGCCAGCCUGAUCUCAACAACAUUGCUGAUUACGUGGUUGGCGGCGUAUUGACGGCGACAAGCGAUGGCAGAUUGGUCACGGCCGCCAUCUGCCAAAACCCUGAUUCUUCCAUUAUUGACGAAGGAUUCCGCAGCUCGCCCUCUGGCCACAGCUCAAUCUCGGCCGCCGGUCUGGUCUACUUGACUCUGUUCCUAGCUACGAAGCUUGGUGCCUUCAUACCGUUCCUCCAUCACGGGACUUAUCGUCGCGACGAAAGCGCCCAUUCCGCUUUUCCCUCCCGUCGCCACUACCGACAAAUCACCUCGCCCAUCCCUCUUGAGCAGCGCGGAAGCGACCAACAGGCGCCUUUGGAAACACCAAAAGACUUGGCCGCCACGAGAAAAGAGGCUGCUGCGCCACCAUUGUAUUUGCUCGUUAUUACGGUGGUCCCGUUAUUCACUUCAGUGUACAUUUGUGUUUCCAGAUGGUACGACUAUCAACAUCACGGAUUCGACAUCAUUUUCAGCUUUUUGAUUGGGUUCAUGACAUCACUUGUGGCGUUCCGACUUUAUCAUCUUCCAUUGGGACGUGGUGCUGGUUGGGCCUGGGCCCCACGCAGCCAGGAUAAGGCUUUCUGGGCUGGUCUCGGCAGCAAUAACUAUGCCAGAGCUCGGGACAUGUCUGAGGGUCGUGGGGAGGUUGAGAACCUAGUCUAA